UGGCAAAGUUGUGUUGUGUUAGUGCGGGUUGUCGCAGGUCCAGGGACAGUAGAGGCGGGAGGGACAAGUCGUAGAAUUUUUUAAUUAAAAAUGAAGUACAUUCUGGUCACUGGUGGUGUAAUUAGCGGUGUUGGCAAAGGUGUAAUAGCUAGUUCAUUUGGUACAAUUCUGAAAUGUUGCAACAUUCCAGUUACUUCGAUUAAAAUUGAUCCAUAUAUUAAUAUCGAUGCGGGUACAUUUUCUCCAUACGAACACGGUGAAGUUUAUGUUUUGGACGACGGUGGAGAAGUUGACCUAGACUUGGGAAACUACGAGAGGUUUCUGGAUGUUACACUUCACAGAGACAAUAACAUUACCACAGGAAAAAUAUAUCAGCAUGUGAUUAACAAGGAGCGGCGGGGAGAUUAUCUAGGGAAAACUGUACAAGUUGUGCCACACAUCACAGAUGCAAUUCAAGAAUGGGUUGAAAGAGUUGCACACCAGUCAGUCAGUGAUGAUGGAACUGUACCACAGGUGUGUAUUGUUGAGCUUGGUGGCACAAUUGGUGAUAUUGAGGGUAUGCCGUUUGUUGAAGCUUUCCGCCAGUUCCAAUUCAGAGUCAAAAAAGAGAACUUCUGCUGUGCACACGUGUCCCUGGUGCCUCAACCCCGCUCAACUGGAGAACCGAAGACAAAGCCAACACAGUCAAGUGUCAGAGAACUUAGAGGACUUGGGUUGUCGCCUGACCUGAUUGUCUGCCGCAGUGAGAAUCCCAUAGGGCAGGCUGUCAAAGAGAAGAUAUCAAACUUCUGCCAUGUGGCACCUGAACAGGUUAUAUGCAUCCAUGAUUUGAGUUCCAUCUAUCGUGUACCGUUGUUAAUGGAAUCACAGGGCAUUGUAGAAUUCUUCAGCGACAGGCUUCAGUUGAAUAUACCAGUACCAAGGCCCCGACGCUUUAUGCAGAAGUGGAAGAAUCUUGCCGAAAGGGUAGACACACUCCGUAAAGAUGUAACUAUUGCUCUUGUUGGCAAAUACACGAAGUUGGAGGACUCUUAUGCAUCAGUAACUAAGGCCCUACAGCAUGCAGCUGUUUGUGCUGGAUAUCAUCUCAGAGUGAAAUACAUUGAAGCAGCAAAUUUAGAAGAAGCUACUAAAGCCAGUGAGCCAGCGAAGUAUCAUGAAUCUUGGCACCAAUUGUGUGAGAGCGAUGGUGUGAUAGUGCCUGGAGGUUUUGGCAAACGUGGAAUGGAAGGCAAGAUUGCAGCGUGCAAAUGGUGUCGUGAAAGUGCAAAACCUUUCCUUGGCAUCUGCUUGGGCCUGCAGGCAGCAGUCAUUGAAUUUGCAAGGCACAAUCUCCAACUUCAGGAAGCUAAUUCCACCGAAAUCGAUCCAGAGACUCCACAUCCUGUUGUGAUUGAUAUGCCAGAACACAAUACUGGACAAAUGGGAGGAACAAUGAGGCUUGGGAAACGUAUUACUGUCCUUGCACAAACCAAUUCAGUUAUCAGGCAACUGUAUGGCAAGAAAGAUCACAUUCAAGAAAGGCACAGGCAUCGAUAUGAAGUAAACCCUAAGUAUGUUGCUGACUUAGAGUCUGCUGGAAUGAAGUUUGUGGGUCACGAUGAGGAGAAAGUUCGAAUGGAAGUUUUGGAGUUGGAAGGGCACCCAUAUUACAUUGCAACACAAUAUCACCCUGAAUAUAUCUCCCGGCCACUUACACCUUCACCACCAUUCCUUGGUCUUAUAUUGGCAUCCGUCAGCCGCCUCCAAGCUUACUUAGCUCGUGGGUGUCGCCUCUCUCCGCAGCAGCUAUCUGAUGAAUCAGAUGAGGAAACUGAAAUAUUAUUAGAAGAAAGCCUUGUCCUUAAUGGCCCAGUGGAAAACAAUGUACCACCAAGUAUCAUUUUUUUGUAUCAUGUAGAAGAGGACGACCUAUGACCACCUGGCUCCAAAAUGUACACCACACAAUGAGGAGAAUGGGCGCAGAAGAAGAGGACACACAAGAUCAAAACACCUGGAGGAAUAUUUUGAAAAUAU